CCUCAGACCGCCACGCUCCAGGAGAGGGGAACUGGGAAGCCUGAAGCCGGUUGUGGGGACCUCUGGAGCCUGAAGGCCACCUUAGCCCUGUGUGGAAGAGAGCUACCAUGUGCACGGGCAAGUGUUCAAAGUGCAUUGGGAUCACCCUGUUCCCACUGGCAGCUUGUGCCAUCGUCUCCAACAUCCUCCUGUACUUCCCCAACGGACGAGUUCUGCAGCUCAGCGAGAUAACCGAUCUGGUCUGGUUUUUCCACGGCAUUCUGGGAGCUGGGAUACUGGUUAUUUUGCCAGCAUUCAUGAUGCUGGGAGCAGGCGGAGCAGGAUGUUGCGCUAACAGAUGUGGGAUGCUGCUGUCAGUGGUCUUGUCUGUGAUGGGAUUCGCGGGAGGAGCAUAUUGUGCUGUCAUCUCCUCACUGGGGUUGAUUGGGGGCCCUCUGUGUGACACAGGUGAUGGAGAAUACCUCUACCCUUUCAGGAAUGACACUCUGGAAGACAAUUAUUUGUUCAACCAGACAACAUGGAGCAUUUGCAAAGAACCUGAAAACAUCAUCCUUUGGAAUAUUGUCCUUUUCUCUAUUCUGCUGGCCAUCGGUGUGAUUGAAGCCAUUCUUUGUUUUAUUCAAGUCAUCAAUGGACUUACUGGCUUCAUAUGUGGCACAUGUAUGAGGAAAAGAAAGACAAAUAUUUCUGGAAUGUGAAUGACCUACAGAGGAUGCCAGGACAAGCCCCGAGCUGCCAAUUCACACACAAUAAGGAUAGUGCACCGUGCUGUAUUUAUGGGGGGAUGACAAAGAAAACUCAAAAUGUUCAGGAGCUACAUGGGGCAAAAUGAAUUUUUGAUAAAGAAGUCAGGGUGGAAAAGGGCUAGAUUAUUUAGAGCUGAGACUCCAAAUUUUCAUCUCUCUGAAUAUACCUGUUAAAUCUCAGGUACUGGCAAAAACACUGACCUGCCUGGUCCUGCCUGCUGAACUGGUGUGUAAAACAACAGUUCCCAGAUAAAAGCUCACCACCCACCCUGUUGUUUAUACAGGAAACUGAACCAUUGUUAAUGUAUACAUUUUAUAGAAUCAUAGAAUGGUUUGGGUUGGAAGGGACCUUAAAGAUCAUCAAGUUCCAACUCCCCUGCCAUGGACAGGGGCACCUCCCACUAGACCAGGUUUCUCAAAGCCCCAUCCAACCUGGCCUUGAACACCUCCAGGGAUGGGGCCUCCACAAUUGAUCAGCUUCACGAAGCAGGCACUCUCUGGCUGGAUGUAAAUAGCCUCCCAUCCCCAGCAAAUCCCACCAUGAGUUCACCUGUCUGUUCCUAUUAACAUGCUUGCCAGGCACUUCCAGAUUUAAAUUAGGAUGCCCAGAGAAUACAAGUGGCAUUUGCAGCACCACAGAGGCAACUGAAGCACAUGGUUUUCAGCCUCCUUCAGUCACCCUGGAGCCAAAUCUCCUUGUGCCCAUCUAGUAGCUUUGACUUUGACAAAGUCCAGUGCACCUCUAAAUCGGUUAUUCAAGAGCAUCUGAGAGAUGUGGUAGCCCUGGAGAGGCAUUUGGGUCAAUAUGGACAGUGGGGUUUGGAGCAAGAGUUUAGAAUUGUCCAGUUUAGCAGAACGGUGGAGAACCUCACCACCAAUUUUGCCCUCACGAAACUGCAUAGGAAUUUCACUAAUUUCCUCACAGGUCUGUGGGUCUGUUCUUGAAUGUAAAAUGGGCAAAGCAAUUAACUGCUAAAGAUAAACAUUAAAUUGUUAAAGGUAGUGAUUAUGUGCAGUUUAGUAACAAAUAGGAGAUAUUAUCUAAAAAGGCAACAAAUUGCAUCAGUUUUAGUGUUACAGCAAUAGUGAUCCCAGCCAGGAAUUGUGCAAUUCUCCAUCAUCACUCAAGAUCAAGCCCUUGAUGCUGAGGUCCAUGACUGGCAAAUUUCAGAAACCCCAUAAUUUCAGCAACUCCCUCAAAGGUUAAUUCUUGGACAUGCCACUGACUUCCCUGAGUCAGCCAAACUGUAAGAUGAUCUUUAUCCAUCCUGAACGCAUGUAUGCAGUUAUGAGAAGCUGAAUGUAUCUAGAGCACUCAGAGUCUAUUUUUCAGAGAGAGACAUUCAUGUCUUCUCAGUCAAAAGUUGUUUGUGCUUCUGUAUUGUAGAAUGAGAGCAAGUUAUUUGAACACAGUCAUUGCAGACACAUACGGCAGUUUGUGCUGUCCUCUAAUGCAGCACACACCCCUUUAUGCAAAAUGGGGAAGAAAAUGUCAAGUGGGCCAAGAAGAGUAGCACAUGUACACUUCCUUGGAGCAUAGCUUCACCCUUAGAAGCAGGAAAUUUGCCACAUAAAACUUAAAAGUACCUUCAGUAAAAAAAAAAAAGCUUAAAAUGCGUUGACGUUUGCAAUCAUGACCAGGUGCACCCAAACCUGCCAGGUGGCUUAAAAACUCACGUUCAUUGUCAGCAAUGAAGGCUGGGCAGUGCUAUCACAUAUGGCAGACAUCAAAAUAAAGCCAACUGUUUAAAAAAGAGUCAAGGAGGCAGCUAGAAGUAAGGAUAUUUGUCAUAUAGUCGUGUGGAGAGAGACUCCAUCAGCAGAGGGGUUCUAUGAGCUCUUCACGGUCCCUAAAUAUCAGCCCUGCCCUCAUCCUUCAGUUUUGUCUCCCUGACUCCCAUCUCUGUGAUAAAGCCAGUUUGGGCUGUGCCAGCACCAGGCGAGGGAGAGGUCCCCACUGGCACACACCACCUCCAGUACGGGGAAGUAAAAGCACUGUUACUGCUGCCAUCUGCUUGUUCCAAGCUGUCCUGCCCUGGCGAUGUUUAUUGUCAUGUCCGUGUGCUUCUGGGGACACCCUCUGUUCUGCCAACUGAGCAAUCGCUGACC